UGAUCGAAAUAUUGAUUUUAUUUUGUAACUUAACGCUUUUAAUAUGGACAUGGUGAAAUAUAGGUUGAUUUUUCUGAAUAUGGUGGGCUUAGCAAGCAGCGACUGAUAUCUAGCCUUGACUUAUUUCGACAUUAAUGCCGAGGCCUUUUAAUUAUUAAAUGAUUACUUCUGAUGGUAGGACAGAAAUUCAUUAGAAUCAUGGACCCAGUCAGUGAAAAUCCUUCCAGUUUCCAGCCCAAAUGCCUUGGGUUGUCGUGGGGUGUGAAAAUCAAGAGGAAGUUGAAAAGCGCGGCUCCUUUCCUGGGCAGGUUCAGGCCGCUGGUCGGACAGUGCUGUCACCAGUGCACCCCGGAGAGUCUGGGUCUGAAGUUGCUGCGUAACACUCCUCCUCUGGGCUUUCAGAACCUGACGUCUGUGAACGAGACACACACCGGGUACCGUGGCUGGUUAGUAAGGAGGGUGUGCUGUUUGCUGUUUGUAUGGGGUUGUGAAGUUCACCCCAGCCCUGCUGGAGACAGACGGCACAGAGUCCACGGCAGCGAGAGAGUGAGGCAGGCACUGGUGGCAGCUUGUUCUCCAGAUGAGACUAAGAUGAUGGAGCUGGUGAUGCCUGAGGUCAGAGAUCAUUUAGGCAGACUUCUGGCCCUCACACAGACCUUCAUCUCCCCCUACCUGCUCAGGCUGGUGAGCUGGAUGCUGCUGAAGGUCUUCAGUUUAAUGUUCUGCAGUGUGCAGGUCAACCGCAACCAACUGGCAGCUUUACAUCGCGCCACACAACUGAAAUCUCCACUGGUCUAUGUGUGUGUUAGGCAGAGUGGCAUCGAUCACGCUCUCAUUUGUCUGACACUUUUCUGCCACAACUUGAGGGUACCCUACACCAUUUAUCCAGCCCAUGUCCGACAAUCCUGGCUAAGGUCCUUCCUUCAGAGGCUGGGUGUCGUCUUGCUUCCAGAAGGCAGUGAGUCAGAGCGAGAUGCUGAGAUGGACAGCCUCUAUUCUCCAGUCAUGACCUCCUUCACAGGCGAGCUGUUACGGGAGGGGGCCUCUCUCAGCGUGGGCAUCUGUGGGUCCAGAGGUCACGGCGGGCAGUGGCUGGCGCGUGUACAUCAAGCCAUCAGUGACGGUCUAGUGCCUGAUGUUAGCAUCGUGCCAGUGGGCAUUUCCUACGAUUGCCUCCCACGCUACUUUACACGUCCACAGGCCGGCGUGAUGUCUGCUCUGCGGUUUGCUGUCUCCCUGCUGAAGGGUGGUCACAGAGGAAGUGUAAGGAUCCAUUUUGCACAGGCUUUCUCUCUGAAGGAGAUGUGCCAGAGUGGAAAGUGUCGUGUGGAUGGAGGGCGCCCCCUACAGGACCUGCUGUUGACCGCCAUACUGCAGGACAGGAUGGACUCCAUCUUCAGCCAGAAGGAUGUUUCCUGGCUCCUCCCUCCCGCUGUCAUGCCUGAACUGUGUCCUGCUGAUAGACAGCAGACUAUCGCACUGACUCUUCAUUUGAUGUACUCUUCAACUACAACUAUGGCCGUCAUGUCUACCAGUCUGGUGUCCUGUUUGCUGCUCCACAAGCAUCGCAAGGGUGUGCGUGUGUCCGUGCUGUGCAGGGACAUCUGUUGGCUGUUGGAGGAGGUGUUGUUCAGAAACAUAGACGUGGGUUAUGGUGGCUCUCUGGUUGGGUUGGUGCUUCACGCGCUCUCUCUGCUCCGCCCGUAUCUGCUGCUGGCUGCUGCUCCGCCCACAGGAGAACCCAUCAUCGCACCCCGGCCCGAUCCAGACUCUCUGCUUAUACUGAGCCAACACUGCGAUUUGCUCACGCACGUCUUCAUACACGAGGCUGUAGGAGCGUGUGCUGUCUCAGCCAUGCUGAGUGAGGUUGUAGGCUGUGGAGGUGGUGGAGACCCGGAGUUUGAUGUUGUUCUGGGCCAGGAAGAACUUACCGAGAAAAGCCUUCAACUCACACAUCUACUGUCACCCGGCUUCGUACCGCCAUGUCAAACCGCUCAUGGCUUCGCUCUUGAUGUGGUGGACAGCAUGGUGCGUUGCGGGGUUCUUGUUAUGGAGGAGGUUCAGAAGGAUACCCCAGUGUGUGACUUCAUGAAGAAGCAGGGUGUGUUGUCAUGGGCUGUUUCAGACAAUCCUGACCAGAGCAGCGAUUCAGACUGUGAGGAACCAGACGCACGCUCUUAUAAGUUGAGUCAGCCGUCUCAGUGCCCAGAGCUGCUGUUCUUCUGCUGUAGUUUACUGAGUGUCCGGCUGAGAGCUCUGUGCUGGGCACUAGAAAGCCUCCAUUACCUCCCCUCACCUGUCACAGAGAGAGACUGUUUGAGCCAACUACACACACACUUGAAGAACCGAGCUCAGCUGGAAAAAGCGCACUACGAGAGCUCAUCUAUUGACUUGGUGAGAUUGGUGCUUCGUACCUUCAUUGAUCUUGGGGUGUUGACUGAGGACAGGCAGAGAGGAGAUGUGUAUCUAGAUGUCAGUCCUCUCUUCUCCCAGUGCGCUUACAAAGUGAAACUCUUGCAGUUUUUCAAACAGUUCAUCUACAUGUACAACUGAAAUAGAAAAAGUUUGAAGAGAAGAAAAGUCAGUCUCAGCUGGAGAUGGUAACAUUAAGCACUUCUGAAAUUCAGUUCUUCAGUGUUGUGUAAAGCAUUAAUUAUGAAUGGGUUUGGUUUGUUUUGCUUAGAGCACUGGCUUUUUGUAAUAUAUGUGAUGCUGAGGCUGCUUUUUUGUUAGUUUUUGUUAUUGAAAGCCCAGGAUUUGUUACAUUAUUUGUUAGAUAAUGACUAUUCAGAUGGUUAGAUAAUGUUCUCUGUUGAUAAAUUUCAUCAAAAAGCUGUUUUGUAGUUAUAUUAGAUUGUGGUGUUUAUUAUUUUUCUUUUGUUUAACUGUAAUGAAUAUGUAAUGGGCUUGGUUCAGUACAUACAUUUCUGAUAAUUGACCUAGCUGCAGUGUUUUUGUCAUGGUUUGAUUUAUAGUUUAGCCACACAGCACUGCAUAAAGUAUUCUUUAAAAAAAAGAAAGAAAAGAAACAUAAACCAGUACUUAAUAUACAUUAAAAAUAUAUAUUUAUAAUUUUUUUUUUUUUUUUUUAGGUAACUGGUGAGAGGAAAUGUCAACUCCAUCAAAACUGCUAAAUUACAAAUAAAUUGUUUGGGAUGUUUAAUUAAUUUGAGUCAGUUUUCAGAUAAUUUGCCACUGACUGACUUGAUUUAAUGCUAGAUUUAUAAUUACAAAUAUUUAACAUUAGAGUAUGCAAUACUUUUGAUAUGAUGGUGUUGACAUUUAUUUAUUAAAAAUGGCCAGAAAAUUAAAAGAGGAACAUUUUUACUCCAUAAUGUAAAUAAACACCUCUGAACAGAUCAAUCCAAAACAAGUCCUCUGUCUAAGGAAUCAGUGAUUCCAGUGGUCCAGUUACGUUUCAGGAGGUUUUCACUAAAUAUAGAGUAUCGAUGGAUAAUGAUGAUGAUGGAUGCUACAGAGACAGAGGUACAGCACUAUCACUCACUGGAAAUGACUUGGGCUUUAUAUAUACCCUAUAUCAUCUGACAAUCACACAUAUAAACACCCAUCCAUGCAACAUGAGAACAGUUCCUGAGUAAAUGUGCAUUUACAUACAACCAUCAUUCCUGUGGAUCUUAAUACUGAGCAACACACGAGUGAGUGGCCUUGACCGCGUUCAUCUAAAACACAAAGACUAAUGGACGGCUGCUGCUUGUAGUGCAGAAGUGCUGAAUAACUCUCUAGAGCCACCCAGACAAUCCAUCCACAGACUCCACACACACAGCUAAGGAGAUGGGAAAAUAAUAAGGUGAUUAACAAGAAAUAAGAUAGGCAGAGAAUUAACAGUUGGCCGCUGAACUCCGGGAUUCACUUGAUUAACACUUUCCUUUAACGAUCACUUUCAUUCCUACAUUUAUUAUAAUGUUUUAAAGUUGGCAUGAAAUGGAAAUUCACCCUAUCUAUUUUGUGAAUGCAUCUUAUAUUGUGAACGAUUCAUCCAUGUUUUUUAUUUUAUUUAUUAAUUUCAUCAAAAUGUCGCCACUCAGUCUUCCGGUAAAGCACCUGACUUCUCUCUGGUGGCAAACACCGGACUUCUCCAAUCAGUUAUUCUAUUAACCCUGCUUCUUUUCUUGCAUGUGGCUAAAAGCUCACAAUCAAAAAUGUGGAAAUUUUUUUUUUAUUUUUUUUUUAUUAUUUUGGUUUUUGAGUGCAACACCCACAUUUCCAAAUCCAAUCAGUGACCAAUGGAUCCAAGUUCCAUGAAUCUUCCAAUGGAUCCGUUACACUCUGAUGUACAUCACAAUAUGGUACAAAACAUCUGUCGCUAGUUUUCAUCAUAAUACUUUGAAAAAAAGGUUACAUUUCCUGCUUUUAUUGGAUUAAAUGUAGUAUUAAACUCAGGGUUCUCACACCUUUUGACCAACUUUAAGACUUUUUAUUCAUUUUUAAUUAUUUUUCCAGAUAGAAGAAUCAGAAUCUUGCAAAUUGGUCGUCUUAGUUUAAAUGACAGUGUAUUUUACCACAAAAAUAAAUUUGCUUUUGGGAAGCAAGCCUAUUUAGCUCAAGCUGAGAACAUGAUUACAUGGACAAGAAAUAAUGAAAGCUAGCGUACACAGGUCAGUAAUGCCCUCUACUGGAAACCUGAUCAUGAAAACCUCAGUUUGACACUCACUUGAAAUUCAAUUCUUUAUGAAAAACACAUUGAUGAUGAGAAUAAAAGGCUGCAUUAUAAAAGUGGCCCAGAGCGUAAUGUUUAUUGCCUUCUGUUAAAAAAUAAUCCAUGUUUAUGAUGUCAAUUUGAAAUAAUUCAAAAUGUAGUUGUGGCACUUCAA